ACCACAAUUAAUUGCAGCAGUAGCCGCUCAUGGCGUGGCCGGGCGACCUCGGCCGGAUGGGGAGUAGCCGGCGGGCUCUAAUGGCGGCGAGCUUUCGGGCCAACGAGGAGGAAGGUGACUACAACUUCAUCUAUGAUGACAAAGAUCCGAGAUGGGUGGAGUUAGAGAGCCUUCCAACUCCGGACAGGGCCAGGAAAGGCAUCAUCCUUGAUGUAUCUCUGACCGGCCAACUUGUUACAAAUGAGGUUGAUGUCCGACGUCUCAAACCUCAUCUUAAAAAGACUCUCAUGAGUCGCAUAUUCGCCGAUGUUGAUGAAGAUAAUGAACAGUUCCUUCGUUGGAUCAAAGGCCGUUAUGAACGGGUGGGCAUGGAGCUGCCAAAGAUUGAGGUACGGUUUCAAGAGUUAUCAGUGGAAGGGAAGGUGUACGUUGGGAGUAGAGCGCUGCCGACACUGCUCAACUCUGUCAUCAACUUCACCGAGGUUUUUUUAUUUUAUUUUAUUUAAAUUUUUGGUUGUUUUUAAUGAGUUCGUUGAAGAGUUGUUGGAAAUGAAAAACAUUUGAUUGUGUUUUGAUUUUAUUUUAGUUUUUUUAGUUCUUCUUG